UCUAUCUGUUGGACCACAGCUUCCCUUUCUGUCUCUCCUCUCUCACUCUUCAGUCGCUUCAGACAGGAAGUGUCUGCUGUUCUGCUUCCUUGUCAAAUGAACGCUAAACGCUGCAGAAACUCAAACAGUAAGCGGGUAAAUGUUCUGAGACGACACGUGUGUGUGUGUUUUAAUACAGGAGGCACGGUGUGAUUCAGGAUACGCCGUGAAGGCAGGAAUCAGAGGCAGAUGCUAAAAGCAAUGGCUCGUAGGAGUUCCCGUCUGGUUUCCGGUGGUUACUACAACUCGGACGAAGAGUCUGAUUCCAGCAGCGUUACGAACAUUUCCUACCGAGAAACCCCCGUCAAGGUUUUCAAGAAGAAGGCGGGGACCCGUAAGUCUGUCUCUCGGACGCCGAGCCGAGCCAAUAGCAAUGCCAGUUCUGUUGGCACGGAAACGCCCAUCACUGCUGGCCAGUACGAAGCCCCUCCCCCCUCCCCCCUGAUCAGCGAGUCGGACCCCCCCAAUGAGGACGUUGCCUUUCCUCCCCUCCUCCACAGUGACCCCCCGCCCCCCCCUCACUCCCUCCCCCUCAAGGACCCCCCUUCACUACCCCUCCCUUCCCCCAGAGAGGAGCCUCUACUCUGGGCUGGGCUGCUCCAUCAGGCCGGGGUUAACAUCCGGAGCGGAGCUGAAAGAGAGGACUCAAAGCGGGGUGGAGAGCUCCGGGUACUCGUCCUCCGAGGGGCCGCUCCUCUGGAAGACCCCCAGUAACACCAGGAACACCAGUAAGGGUCCCAGUGCUGGAUACUGGGGAAAGAUCAGAGGCGCCUUCUACAGUCUGAUGGACUCAGUCUCAUUGAUGCUCGCUGCCUUAAAGUCUAAAAUAAAGCAUCUCCCAUCUCAAGCAGCUUCAGUUAGCGGCCGCAUGAAGAAGGCCUUCGCUCUGCUCCUCCUCUUCCUCAUCGCACUUCUGUGUGUUUGGCUCCUCCUCCCUCUGUUGACCCCCCUCGUCUCCCGUAUGGCCGUCACU